AUGGGUUACAUGGAGGGUAAUCUAACCAGCAUGGAUUACUCAUACGGAGGGACUGCAACCCAUUAUCCUCUAUGGAAACCUCCUAGUGGCUACUUUCCGCGUGGAGAAGCACCGCCGCCUUAUGAAGAAGCAGUGGCUAUAUCUCAAGCAGAAGCUUUGAGUGCACAAUGCGCUGCCGCGGCCGCAGCGGCUGCUGCCACAGUUGCAAGUCCUCGUCCAAUGAGUGCGGUAGAAUUGCAAUCUUCAGCCGACAUCAAUAGACGCCCGCAAACGGCUGCAACGAUGCAACAGCUGCAGCAUUUGCAACCUCACCAAUCAACGUUGAUGCCACAACAAACUUCUCAACAUUCUGUUACGCAACCUCAUCAAGCUCCAGCUCACAAUGUAAUGCCAAUUCAUCAUGUGCUAGGUGCUCCACCGGCACAUCAGCAAACCCAGAGUCAUCAAAUAACGCAAAGUACUACAAAUUUGAUUAAUAUCAAUAUAAAUAGCGGUGGUAAUAUAACAACUAUAGCUACUGGUGAAAAUCAUCAACCGCCUUACAGUCUUCAAAAUGAACAAAGUACGAAUAAUCUGAUGCAAGAACAGCAGCAACAGACGUCCACAACGCAGCAGAAUCCUCAGCAGGCCAUUAACACUUCAAACGUCAAUUCAAAUAAUAAUAGCAGUCGACUUCACCUUGCUCAAAGCAAUUCCAUAUGUGUGCAGACUAUGACUACACAGCCGAAUGUGCAACAGCAAAGCCAACAAUCAACUAUUGCACAAACUCUUAACUCUUCGAAUAUUUCCGGUUCUAUAGGCAUAUCUGCUAGCGGUAAGCAAACAGCUGCUACUGAGUGUGGGUAUAAAAAUUGCCAUUUAAAUACUAGUGUGACAACCACAACAACCGGCACCAAUGCAAGACGUACGCAACGGUUACCAGAACCUCUGCAACAGUAUGUAGUAGAUGUUGAAGUAAACGUGGGAAAUGCUACUGGAAGUGGUUAUCAUUCUUUGUCGUCAUGUUCCACUAACCCUGCAAACGAAGGAGAGUUCGAUUUAAUAGCGUCACCUACGCAAUUUGGCAAUGAUUCUCAACUGACCAAUGCUCUUUCAACACCGACCAUAGAUACUUUGAUUCCCACCAAUAACGCAAUUGAAGUGGCAACAAACAAUACAGUGGCGGAUGCAAACAGUCAAUUGCACAACACAGGCCAUCAUACUUUACCCACCCAGAACACGCAAAUUGCUAAAUCAAUACCAUCUUCGUCUGCGAAUGCAGCCACCACCAGCAAAGCAUUUUCUUCUUCAAGACGCUAUCAUCGGACAAUGCCCCGUUAUUAUACUGCUGCCGACCCUCUAACUAGUCGAGAUAAUCAAAACACUGCCGCCAACACUAUCAUCAAUACGAACAAGUCGAGCAAACAAAUUGAAUCUAAACAAGCAUCUAUAAAUAACGCCAAUUCAGUGGCAACGACGGCAAGCAGUAAUCAUAAUAGCUCGAAGAAACCGACCUGUCAAUGUCCGAUCCAGCAUGUGCCUAUGUCUUAUAUGGGCAGCACCCACUUAAAUUCGCACAACGUUACAAACAACGCCUUCUUUACGGUAUUAAGUAAUAAUAAGCUUAACACAGGCACAGUUAGUCGAAUCAGCAAUACUAGCAGCAAUGCCAGCUCGUUACCUUAUGUUACUCAAAGAUUGAAUAAAACUUUACAAAAUCAUUUAAACAAUACGACAGAAAGUAAUGUGGUUAGCAAUACCAAUAGCAACUCGAAACGUGGAACCCUUCAGUCUCAUUGUAAUUAUGAAUCAAAAAUUGCCACCAUUUCUACAGGAGAACUAGUAAAUUCUGCUAGUAACAAUAUUGCUGCAGCUCAUCAUCAUCAUUCACAUCACAGUCACCAUCAUGGACAUCAUUCAUCAGCUUCUCUAUUGCCUCCACCUCAGCAUCAUGACGAUUCUUCAUCGUUAGUGCUGGGUCGUGUUGCAAAAAGGUCUAGCAGCAACAGCAGCGAUCGCUUCCGAAGUGCCAGCAGUGGCAGCACUAGAAAUCCAACAAAUGAGGCAGCAAGCAUUUCGGCUGCUUACUUGAACAGUAAGGUUGAUGCCUAUUUGAAUUUAAGUCAUGCAACGACUUCACAUCAUCGUGCCGCAACAAGAGUGAAUGACUUAAUGAACCCAGCGUUACCACCGAAACUGCAUAAAAGCUUGACAAAUCUAAAAAGUUCAACAUUAGCACCGAACACACCGCACCACGCAGGAAAAAUAAAUACAAGCAAUGAAUUAUUUAAACCCAGUAAUGGGCAGCUGUUGCAUAGUAGCAACAUAAAUAACAGUAUUAAUACUCAAACCACCUUAACUUCAACCUCCUCUACCUCUUCAUCAUCCCCUUCCUCUUCGAAUCUCGGCUCGCCGCAGACGUCUUCUAAUUUAUCCACUACAUCUGUACAAACUAUUUACACUUUAAGUAAGCCUUCAACAUCGUCGGCAAUUACAACGUUGAACGCCGUGGCAGCCGCACAUGCACGUAACAGAGAUCACGACCAUUUGAAUUUAAAAAUUCAACCACCAAUUUUAACGUUGCCAUCAAGUUCAUCAGCGACAAUGUCUUCAACGAUAUCGGCAAGUAACUCUACUGGAGGAACAAAAAUAAAUUCGUCUACAUUUUAUCCACUACAAAAUAACGUGACUUACACUUUGCCCAAGAACAUAGCUGGAAAAAUGUCGCUAAAUAGCACUAUUAACAACGUGGUCAGCAAAGUGCCAUCAGUUAUAAGUUUACCGGCAGCAGCGUCGUCGAAAAAUAAUCAAGAGAACACUGCCAUCACCGUCGCAGAAUCUAGUAGUAAUGAAUCUAAUUCCACUGUGAUUUUAGCUUCUGUUAAAAGUACUACACUGCCAAAAGUGUUACGUUCGAAAAAAGAUUUCUUGCAACCAAAUAAUGCAAUCAACAAUAGCAACAAUGUCCUAAACAAUUGCGCUGCUAUUGUAAGCUCUACUGCGUGUGCCGUAUCUCAGUGUAAUAUGCCUGCCUAUCCUAAACUGUUUGACACUUUUAAUAAUUCCAUUCCGCUCAUUUCUGUUUCCACUUCUUCAUUAUCAUCUUCCUCCCAAGCUAUUACAAGUACUACUACUACUAACGUUGCCAUCACAACUAGACAACAAUGUAUUAAUAUGCAAACUCAAACCAUCACAUCCACUUUGGCGGGCAAUUCAUACGUAGAUGAUUUCUUUACGUGCACUCCAGUAACCAGCAAUUCUGUCACAUCAACUUCUAGUGGAAAUUGUAAGCAGGCCACUUUGCCUGUUUGCACUACAUCAAAAAAUUACUUAAAUGGCAAAGAGCAUUUUCUCCCAAAUGAUACAAGUCUUGAUGACGACUAUCUUAGUGAAUGUGAAAAUUGUAAAAUUGCUCAAAGCUCGAAAUAUUACUUGGAUACCGCUGCAUUAUCAUCAACUCCGCAAGAGACGAUGACAUUGCAAAGGAAAUCUUUGGAAGAGAAUAAAGAAGAAGCAGAAACUGGAUAUUAUCGUAUAUCACAUACACUGCCGUCGAACUCGAAAAAGAAUACCCCCCUUAAAAGUAUCAAUAAUCGUGAACAAUGGUUUUCAACAAUACCAGCGGCCAGUUCAUCAUCUGACGAAGACAUUAAUGAAUGA